GGCAGCCUGCAGGGCUUGCACCACAUCCUGUUUUGCGAGAAGACGAUUGUUGACGAAACCAAAACAGACCUGACUUAUUGAGCUUUAAGUUUAUCUUUCGUUAUCAACGUCUGAUAAUGCCUCCCUAUGGCUGAACGUCAAUUCCAGUACAAUGGGAGGGAGGGUGGGGCAACACAACGCGUCGUCAUGGCUUCAGACAUGCAUGAUGAGCAGCCAGUUUUGGCCGUUGGUGGCAAAAGAUACCUGCGGAUGCCAGAUCAUAAUGAUAUUUUGCUGAGACAGAGUCUAGUAAAUUGCCAAAUAGAGACAGAGGCAAAUGCUGGAGAAAUUUCCCUGCACAAUGAUGACCAUAAUGAUGGCCUGCAACCUCAAGUCACUGGUCCCCUCCAGCAGCUGGGAGUCAAUAUCCUCAGUCCCCCUAAAUCUCAAGGACUGUUUUUGCGGAGGAACAUGGCUCCGCGACCUGAAGCAGUGGAUGGUGUGUUUUGUGCGAAGAGUCGGCUCAAAGUUGUGGCUCCCGAAAGUCCUGAUCCAGAGCCUGAGCCUGAGCCGUACAGAGUGAACCUUGUCAAGAGGAAGGCGGAGGAAGAGAAGACCAGUGGCCGCACAGACUACUCAAAAUCGGAGCAGGCAAAGCAGACUCGCAAGUUGGUGGAAGAGAUCAACACCAAUGUUGAAAGGAAAGAACAGGCCAUGAAAAAACAACAAAUCACCUUGGAUGCUUUGGGAGACAACUUCAGCCUGCGGCCGCUGGCCAGUCCUAAAUGCAUCAUAUAUGACGAUACGAUGUUUUCAGGAUUUGGGCCCGAAUGUAAUUUGGAGAAUAUGUUUGAGAACAGCGACAAAGGUUCCUUCGGCCAGGUUGUUCCUUUCCAGGACAAAGAAACCAAAGAGAAGUUAAUGGUGAAGAAGAUCAAGGGAACAGUCGCCAUCAACGAACUAGAAGUGCCACUGAACUUCCAGUCACCAAAUAUCCAAAAAGUAGUAGCGCUGGGGUACGAUGACGUGAAUGCUUAUUUGGUGCUGCAGAAUGCAGGUCGCAACCUGAAACGUUCGUGUGAGGAUCCACAUCAGCGGGAUAUUUUGACCCGCCCGGAGCAAUUAUGUCCCCUUACUCGGGAUCUGCUGCAGGCCAUUUGCCUUCUUGCUCGCUCUGGGAUCACGCACUGUGACAUAAAAGCUGAAAAUGUGUGCUUGAAAUGGUGUGAGGAGCUGGGACGGUUUGUGGCGACGCUGAUCGACUUUGGCUCAAGCAAGAGUCUUCAGGACCCCAUGUCCUUCAACGGGAUCACCGGCGAGUAUCUGCCUCCGUCAUUCAACGCCAUGUACUACAGAGCCUGGAUGAGCAUCAGGGCUCAGCAGAAACCCAGCAAACUUCGGCGCCUCAACACCAAAGAUGACGUCUACGCCGUUGGCAUGAUCAUGUCAUUCAUUCGGUGGGGAGUGCCCCCAAUGAUCAAGUAUCUGACGGGAAGAGACAUGUAUCCUUCGGAUAUCUCGAUCGACCAAAGGAUGCAAGUGCUCAAGACGAUUGGGGAGUUCAAGGAUGUGCUGCCAAGGGAGUUCCUUGAGUACCCAGAAUGCCCAGAAGUGGAACCUCUACUGGCAGGACUGCUGGAGCUUGAGGAAGACCUGAGGCUCAGUGCAGAAGAAGCACUGGGGCAGCUGGAGGAUAUAAUGGGUAUCAAGAGGCCUCCUGCAAGGAAAGUGAAGAGAGUUUGCAUGUCCACAGCUAGCUUCAUUGCAAACACACACCCUGCUCAACCAGGUCUGACAGUUGUCCAGGGACCGUCCAGCAGAGGUCAGAACAAGGAGCUGCGUCCGAAGAUUGUCGUUCUGAAGCAACCGCCAAGGUCAGAGGGCGUCGUGGCCAAGCACGAAGUUGUUCCCCAGCCGGGAAUGUUGUGGAAAGGCAAUGGAGUGCUGCGCCGUGAACCUAUGGUGGAGGACCUUUCUAUGGCUCAGGCCAGUGGCUACAUGGACAUAGACAGGAAGCAGAAGAAGUUGCUUUCACCUGUUGAAGAUGCCGUGGUUGACAGAUCGACUGGUUCAGCACAUCGUCAGAGGAGACUGGAGGAAGAACCAGCGUGGGGUAACCAGGCAGACGUGGGCAUGGACGAGAUUCAGGAGCUGACCAAUUCUUUCGCAUGCUCACCGGUCAAGCAGCAACCACCAGCGUGGCCACAACUGCUGAGAGAGAGCUCAGUGGUGGACCUGAGUCGACGCCCAGGUGUGGAUGCAGGCUGUUGCAACCAGGUUGCCCAGGCCAGACAACGCGCAGCACAGCCGAUGUGGGUGAGCCAGGGUGGUCAGCAGCAGCCGUUGCAGGAGUUUGGUUCCAACCCAGGGCCAAAGUCAGUGCAGCCAGCUUUCAACCCGAGAGUGGAUCUGCCCGGCAUGACUGGCAACAUCCCGGUGUUCAGUCUGCUGGGUGCUCAUCUGGAUGCACCAGAUGACCUUUAGGAGCAAGGGAUCGGAGUGGCCCACCGCACAUGGGACAACCUGUCAGGACUCAGCCUCCGCAGUCAUUAGAUCCGUCAGCCUCCUCGCUAUCGCUGGAUUUGUUGUCAACUGGGUUGUCAUGUUUUGGAUUGGUUGUUUUUUUGGGGGAGGGGGGGGGGGAUUGUUUAUGAAAACAUCCUUCUAUGAUGUUACAAAUCAGUCGCAUGACUUUUAGAUGUCAACUGGAGCUCUCUCAUUUUGGAGAAAGGAAACAGUACUGGCGAUAUAUUUCACAACUUGCUCUCUAUUCCAAUUAAAGUGAUUAUGUUCUGAGAAGUAAGUGUACUUUUCUGAGAAAUUGUGACCCAUCAAAUAGACUGAAAAAAAAAUGCACAGUUCAAUACCGGCCCCAUUUUUGUCUGUAUAUUAUUGAUAAGUAAACUCAGGCAAAAACUCAAAGCAAAUUGUACUGACUUCAGUAAUGAAUUCAGUUGCAGAGUUCCAAGGUUAACCAAAACAAAAUAAGAAAAAGUGUUAAAGCCCGCAUUGAAAGACAAGAACAUCAAUCUCUGUGGUCAAAUCUAUAUAUUUGUAAAUAUUGUCAUAUGAUGCACAUUAUAUUGGAGGAAAAAAUACUUAUUACAAAAAUCUUCCUGAAUUCAUUAACUUCCAAAGGCUGAUGGUUGAAGAAAUGGGUGUGGGGGAUGUGAGAGGAAUGACGGAAAGGGUGUGUGGUGGGGAGAGUUUUCAAACUGGUUUCCCUUUGCUUUGUGGUAACUUGUUGGAACAGAAGUGCUUGGGUCCAGUUUUUUAAAUUUUGCUUUUUAUUUUAGACGUGAGUUUGCAUAUAAUCAUAUAUACCAGAUUUUUUCUUUGUUUAAUAUUUGUACUUUUGCAUGUGAUUGGUUGGGUCAUAAUGUCAAAAUGCCUUUAUUGUUCACUUUCAGAAUUUUGUUCAUUUUCUUUUUGUCUUUACUGUCUGGAAGUCUGGGAAAGGCUGAUGCAGAUUUGUUGUAAAAUAGAUUACAUAAAAGUUGAAAAUUAGAGAAAAGUAUUUUGAGAAAAUGGAUGUCAAAGUUUGAAUUUUUUUUUUAUCCUUGGUUCUGUAUUCUUUUUUUUUUUUUAAGUAGCAAAAAACUACAGACUAUUUUGAUUGGGAAUUGAUACUUACUUUUUGAUCAAGAGAUUUGGCAGUGGAAAUGGUUUAAAGUUGAACUGGAUUAAACUCAAGUUGACUCAAGUGAGCUGCUUUGAGCUUCAGCACACUAAGCGCGGGUGACAUAUCAGACAUUCUUGCCCGCCAGGUUGCAUUUUUGCUUUGUUGUAUAUUAUGAUUUUUGUUAGCAAGGCAGUCGUCACACUUUUGUGGAAGAAAUGUGAAUUUUUAACUGUAUGCCUUAUGGGUGGUAGGACAGAUCUGUGUUGUUAAGUUCAUAAGGCAUUUUGUAGCAUUCGUUGGGGGUGUUGUAUGCUGGAACCCUUUCUUAGGUUAGAUUAAAACAAACUCAUUUUAAGUGACUUUAGGUAAUGAAUACCAUCGCUAAAACCCUUCAACCAUUUCAGAUUUAUAUUGUGAAUGAAUUGGCCUCUUGAAGGGGCUUUCAAUAGUAUGAGAACUUGAACAAAUCAAUUCUGAGAAAGUCUGGUCCAUGCAAUAAUGGGAGUCUGAGUUCAGUGUGCAAAGGACACAGACAUUUUUCAAUUCAAGAAAAGCUUUUGCCUGAGUACACUGACCUGGUGGAGAAUGUGUCAUUUUGGGGGGAUUGCUGAUCUUACCAACAAGGUUUAUCACACUGUCACUGUAUUCAUUUUUUCAAAGUAGGCAGUUUGUGGACUUCUCAUGUCACCUGAAAUUAUGUUUUACACUUUUGUUUGCACACUUUCCGAGUGUUUAUGCAUCUGCUCUAUACUGCCAUAAGCUGACAAAACGCCUUUUUAAAAAAAUUCACAACCCGUUUUGAGACUAAAAGGUUUUUUUGUCAGCGUAACCAUUGAAAAAUAGAGUUCUUUGAAAAUUUGAAUUCUACUUUAUUCAAACACUAGUCACAGUUUCACUUUGAUUUUUUCACAUACUUAGGGUAACUUAUCAGGCUUACGACUUAGCAAAUAAAAAAGUUUUGGCACCAAAAUGAUACAAGAUGUUUUGUCAGCUAAGGGCAGAAUAGUCUGAAGAGUAGUGGUUCGAGUAUGGUUCUAGAACUGAUUUUUUACUUAAGAAGUUUCAGAGUUUUGAUGUCUAUGGUCUGAAACAUUUUGAGGGGAAAAUAUUUUACCAUCAUUAUGCCAGAAGUCACUUUUCAUGAAAACGAAGGCAGGUGUAUUCACUAGGGCAAGUGCUAUGUUCAUGCAAAUGUAAAUAGAAUCUAAUGUUCUUUUCCGAAUGAAUUUGUUCUGUUUUUCCUCCAGGUCCUUAUUUUUUAAUUUUUUUUUGGGUACGGGUAAUUAACAUUAUCCAUAGUGUAUGUUGGAUGUUGAUGAUGGUUUUUGUAACUGUGCUGGGUUUUUUUCCUGAAAAAUUUUGCUUUCUGGGCCCAGAACAGUUGAACAACUUUCUGACGAUUUGUUCUCUUCUACCCAAAAGAAGUCUCAGCCCUUCUUAUUUAGCUCUUUCACUACCGCGAGCCAUGUUUCACGGCUCUUGUUACCCCCAAUGGAGGACCACGAGCCGUGUUUCACAGCUCGCCACUUCCUGCUUCAAAACCACACUUAAUUUUGGAAUAAUCGAGUCUGAAAUCGCAGGCUGAAGAAUGAUCGUUUUUCAAGAUCAGUGGUUAUUUCCCCUCAUUUUCAUAUACAUGUGGCUAAUAUUGAAAAUUGAACCCAAGAAAUCUUUAACUUGUCCGACGGUAGGCAGAAUCAGAAAGAAGUAGGUCACAGAUAGGGCCUUGUCCUGGUGAGGGAAUACACCCUCCCCUCCCCGGGUAGUGAAAGAGUUUUUUAUUUUUUUAUUUUUUAAUUCAGCGAAGAACCAUUUUAGCAUAAAGUUUGACAUAACUGUUUCAGUUGGAGCGUUGUUGCGGACUUGCAGGUGUCUACGCACUGCUUUUUUUGUCAUCUGAAUAAACCUGUGAUGUCUGUGUGUGCACCUAUGUUUGGGUAUGCAAGUGUGUGAACAUUAUGUGUAUUUUACUGGCUGCAAGAUUAAAGUUAAAGGCAAAAGUGCAGAGGUUUUGGGUUGGGCUAGACUGCUACUCGACUCCGAUAAGUAUUUUAGAUUUAAAGGCUGAAUGUAAGGCCUUGUUGUUGGAAGAGAGAAGACAGUAUAUAUUCUAUACAUAUAAAUCAUGAACUACGCUGGGCCCACUUUCUUAGAACAUUUUGUGGUGUACACAAAGUUGUUUAUUUUGUUAUUUUAAAAUAUAGUUUUUUUGCAUUCUCAUCUACACUAUUUAUAUCAUUUAGGAGUCUGGAAUGAGAAAGUAAAAUAAUAAUUAUUAUUGUUAUAAUACUCCUGAAGACCACUCUCUUCCCCCCACCCGCAGACCACCGUGCUGGUAGGAAAAGAAAAGAAAGAAAACUUUGAUUUUGAGUCUUGGUGAGCAAAUUUCUUUGAAAUUCGAAAGGAUUCAAGACGAUCAGUUUUUGCUGAAAGUAUUGGUCAGCGGUGGUGUUUGCUCACGCCUCAUUGCGUGUUGUUCGUGCUUGUGAUAUUUCUGAAUGGGACCAAAGUUACUGAACGUUUUUGGGAAUGUGUAUAACACACCCUCUCAUGUUUCAUGUGUGUGUGUGUGUGUGUGUGAAUGAGGGCACAUUUGUAUGUUCACAUUCUCCCUCACAUUUUGUGUGCUGUUUGUAAAGUUGGUUUGAGAUGGCUGACUGUGCUGGUAUUGUGUAUACACACAAGAGAGCUCCACUUUCAUCUUACACUACGUGGUUUCCUCUUUGAUCUUACAAGGAGACAAAAUACGAUGUUUUCAGACAGAUAAAGGAUUAGUUGUGAUCAGGGGUGGUUAUUUAGAGUUCUUAUUGCAUACUUUUCCUAGCUUCUGUAGGUCUGACUUUUUCUUCAGGCUAAAGAUUUUUUUUCCUACUUAAUCAGUUGGAUUUUUUUUGUGCUUGUCUUUCUGUUUUGUUCAGGGAUGGUGUAGAGAUGCUGUUUUCAUCAUGUUCUUUCUUUUAUUCUGUUGUUUUUGUGUCUACCAUUCUGUUUUUCACAGUGUUACAUGAAUGUACUUGUGUAAAUGUUUUUCUCCGAUGAAUCAUUUAUACCUUGUUCUUUUUUUUUUUUUUUUUUUUUCAUGUACCAUAUUCACUUAUUUCUUGAUAUUUUGCACGAUUUUUUUUAUUGUUAUGACAAUUCAUUUUAAUUUGCUUUUAGACAAUUUACUGGUAGACAAGAUUUGGACUUCAAACUUUAAAAAAGAAAGACGUUUUUCCAUAUUGCAGUUUUAGAAACAAAAGAAGUGAAGUGUUUUGGGUUUUUUUUAAGUACUUUUUGUUUCUAACAACUUCUUUGGUUCGUUUUGAUUGAAAAUGUUUCUAAGAUAAAGUUGAAGAUGUUGCCUUUAAUCAUUCUGAUUAUGAACCCUAUCCGUAUGUCGUGUUUUACUAUCGUGUCCAUACGACGUGGGAAACUCUGUGCCACCACUUUCCAAAGAGGAAAUUUACUCAUUAAUCUGAUCGGUACGCUUCGCAUAGCGGUCUGUCAAAAUGAUUUUUUGAGAAAUACUGAAGGUUUCAAAGAGAUCUUCAUACUAGAAGUAUUCUAAAAUGUGAAGAAUGCAACCCCUGAGGUACGAAAUGACCCCAGGGCGUAUGGAUAGGGUUAAAUGCUAAAGUUUGUGCUUUUAGGUUUCCUAUCCUCACUUUAUAGCUCACAUGUACUCUAUAAUAAACCAAAAAAUGUAAUAAAAAUAUAAAAAAAAACUAAA